CAUCAUCCUGCAUUUGAACGCUGGGCUUUUUUCACCCCCAGUUUUUCCUUUUUUGGGGGGGAAUAUCUCCAGUGAAAUCGUCAUGCGUGGCUAAACUGGACACAUUAAUCCAGUCCCUGUGCAGCUGGCGACUGUCAGACUCACAUCACAGCCACAAACUGCAGGACACACACUGGUGAAUGAGGUUAACGUUGUUAGCAAGCACCGCAGCUAGCUAACAAAUGAAACCGUAUCUGGUCUGAGCUGCUCCAGGGCCCGAGUUGACCACAAACCGCCUGCAGUGACCCAAAGUUAAAACCACGAAGUGUGCACUAAGAGGUAACUUCGUCUUCAUGGGGAGAAACCAACACCAGCGCCGUGCUGCACGAUUUUGGCUAUAGUUGGGCUCACAUCGGAUGGAGAACAAAUUCACUGCAAUCAUCCCAUCAGCUGAUUUUGAAAAUUCAGCCACUAUGCCCUGUGCUGGACUGCUUCUGUAAACGUGGUAGCCAUGGCUUCUCGCAAGGUUGACGAGCUACCCGAUGAUUCCAGGGAUUUAACAGUCUCUGAACAGCUUCCCCGAUGUGGACCUGAUGACAUCACGGAAGAGCUUCAGUCGGAGGCUCCGAACGCUCCAGUGAAAUCUCAAAAAUCUGGAAAAUUUAGGAGGACUGCCCUAACGUUUUUCGGUGUUCGUAAAAGUAUCUGUAUUUUACCAAGCUUUUUUGGAGGAAGGAGUAAAAAUCAGAACAAGUGGUCUUCAAAGAAAGGAAUCACCAAAAGCAGAACGCACGAUGGGCUAAGUAAGGUUAGUCAUGAUGACAGUCUGAGAGGUAGGUACACCUCAGCUGGAGACUGUGAAUACCACAGCCAGAGGGAUUCUUCUGGAGAGCUCCACGGUAGCUGUCACAAUGAAUGUAGUCACCCCGCUGCUGACCAGAAAUCACUGACUCUCGGCCGGCAGAAAAAGGGUUUGAGGAGUCUUUUUUACAGUUUUAAACAUCAUAGAAACCAUAGAAAUUUUGGAUCAGAUAAAACUGAAAUGAUUGCAAUGUCCUCUCCUCACUGCAAGAAAGCGGUGCCUGUUGUCCAGGACAACACCAACCAGUAUGUCACAGAGUGCCUGGGAUCUGAACCUGAUGUGCCUGAUUUUGCAGAUGUUACAUGUGAUAUUCCCACUGGUCCUGAAUGUAGUGAUUUCGAUGCAGUGGCAUUAGAGAAGAGUGUGGAGCAAGAGAGCCCAAAGUCUGAGCUGAAUGAUCAGAUGUGCGAUGAUCACAUGGAGGAAAUGAAUUUGAUGGCUGUAGUUCCCAGCGAUUACAAGGAGACUUCUAGAGGUCACAGCGAGCCUUGCCUCAAACUUGAGAUGAUGUCUGAGCCUGCAUUGAAGUCUGAAACACCUGCCGGCUCAUCGGAUCAGCUAAACGUGAUUUUCGGAGACGUUGCAUCAUUAAAGAGCUUUGACUCACUCACCGGCUGUGGGGACAUUAUUGCAGAUCAAGAGGAUGACAGCAUCACAGAGAGCACGGUUUCUGGAGAAAGGAGCAGAAAUGGAGGAAAGAGGGCCUCUUGUUAUCUCACUUAUCAGGGUGGUGGUGAAGAAAUGGCCUCACCUGAAGAUUUGGAUGAAGAAUGUCUUCAGGAUUUCUGGGGAAAUAAUACCUCAGAAGAAAUCUGCUGUACUUGCAGCCAAGACCACACGGAUAUGACUGCCGAGCUGACAAGUUCUCACAAUAUGGACUUAAUGAACAGUAACAGUGCCCAGCAAGCCAGUGGCAUGGACACUUCUUCAAUUGCUGAUGUGUUAACUCCUCAAAGUGAGCAUCAAGAAUCAGUUCCAAACAGUGAUGAGGGCUACUAUGAUUCAACUACGCCGGGGCCAGAUGAAGGUCAAGAAAAAACAGAUAGACUAAGGACAGACAGGCUACCCAGGGACAGUUACAGCGGUGAUGCCCUUUAUGAACUUUUUGCACCCGAUGAGAGUCUCAUCAGUCCACAUUAUGAAAACAAAUCAAAACUGCCCAGUUCGAAACAGUGUGAGUACCUAAGUGAGCCAGUUGAUGUGACAGAUUCUGCCUUUGCUCCUGAAAUGAAUCGAUUACAAAUAAGUGCUGAACUGUAUAAGGUUCACAAUUUCCUAGAGAGCAGUAAAUCCUCUGAGUUGGCACAAAACAUGAUUGGUCAGCAGGAAAUUGGCUUGAAUAAAAACUGUAAUUUGAAUUCAAAACCACAAGCAUCAGGCAACAAGAAUAAUAUAGAACCGGAUGUAUUUGAUGAAAAGGGAAAUAUGCCUGCUUCCGCUGAAAAAGGAAGAAAAUCCAUUAAUGCUGAGAAAAGGCAUAGCAGCAUAUCAUUCGGAAGCACAUCUGACCCAGAUUUUGAAACGUUUUGCGAACCCAAAGAGCAACAUCUUGAGGAAAACAAGCCCGUGGCUUUACCAUACAGAAAUAUCAAUUCUCAGUCUCCAGAUUGUAACAAUGAUUUGGAUGAUGGGCAAACUGUGUGUUUCUCACAAGCACUUGUUGACUAUACAAAACACUCUCAGAUGCUGAGUAACUUGCACAACAGUGUGGAUGAUUUGGAGACAAACUCUGCCUUCACUCCAAAUAUGGAGGCCUUACCUACCAUAGUCACGUUUGAUGUGGUGGAUAUGCACAAUGAGGGCGAAUACGACGAGCAGAUUCACAUGGAACUGGAGGAGGACAUUUCGUCGCCCUAUCAGGAAUUUGAAGAAAGCUACCUACAAAAAGAUGGAUUUGCAGAAUUUGACUAUCAAAUGUUAGACCUGUACGAACAGAACCUGAUCAGUAAUACAUGGGCAAUUGCUAGUCUCCCACGGCACCUAGGCCUUACAAGAGUCAGCCAGUCCAUGCCUAAUCCGUUGUCUCUAGACAGGAGGAGUAGAUCUCUAGACACGGAGGGCCUUGAGUUAAAGAUGCCUGACACAUACAGAGAGGAAAGAGCUGCUAUUAUUUCCUGUCCUCAAAAUGAAAAGGACUCUGAAAGAGACUCUUCGCCAUAUUACAAAAAGAAUGUACUUGUGUCUGCAUCGGACGUUAAAGACAGUAGCAGCAUUAUGGCCUUAUCGUGGCAAACAAGGUCAGAAUUGGCUCUAAGCCUUCCUGUGACAGAUGGGGAAAUCACUGAAAAAGUACAAAGUGUUAGUCAGGCCCAAGUCAAACACAAAAUAUUUUCUGCUUCAUCCAGGAGUGAUUUUCCUGACAGCAAAUCACAGCGUCUUUGCUCCAAUGUGUCAGACAGACUAUCCUGUGAUUUAAUGUCACAGGAUACUGAGCUUUACAAUAGACAGUGUCACCUUCCUUUGCAGUCAGACUCUUGUUUACCUCAGAGCACCUUUGUUUAUUCUGGCAUGGUGGAGGAGGUAUCAGGUGAUAUUGAUGAUGACAUUUUUUGUAAAGCUGCCACUAAUUUGCAGUCCUACAACCAGUGUGGUAAAAGCAGACCAGUGGCUAAUAGGGAAGGAAUAUCUCACACUGGGAGUCCUAUAAACGCAGGUGUCUCUAAAGAUGAAAUGACCGUCUUCAGUGAAACAAGAACACCCAGGGAUGUGGCAUGCCCUGUAGCCUGCAGCAAACUCCCCGAGACAACCUUUAACUGAAAGGCUCUUAAUCGUACAGUUGGAAUUAAAAUCCCAUGUGUACAUACAGUAUGUGCCAAUGAGUGCUUUUAUGUUACAUCCAAGGGAGUAACUGUUGCUUCAUGUAUACUUGAACAACCUAUUCCUUUGAGAAGUAGUUGUACACUGUGAUAAACGGGACACAAAUCAGUAAUUGAAAUUAUUCAGAGAUGUGGAGUCUGUGACAUCACGCUGUGUCAACUACAACGCUGUCUUGGGAAAUCAAAAGGGAUUUUCUGCAUUUGCACAGUAACAGUUGCUUGUUUCAUACAGAUCACAUACAUGUCAGUCCACUGAAGGUGUUCAAGGGAGUACUUGUGUUAUUUGCAUUGGAAAUGCUCAUGAUUCAUCUCAUUAAGCUAUUGAAUAUCACUAGAAUGUUUUUACUCAUAUGUAGCCUCAGUAUCCAGGUCUCAGUAGUAAUGCCGCACUUAGAUUAAUGGCUGUUCAUUAGCCUGGAUUCCAUAGCACAGCCAAACAGUGCUAGCUAAGUCUUGCUUACUUUGCCAGUUGCCUCUAAACGUGUAUUCUUAUGCUUUAAGUGCCAGCUUAUGUUUCGUGUUUACUGCUUUUUCACAGCCUCUCUUUGCUCCAGUAAGGUGUAUGUUGGCCUGUCAUUAUGCCCACAUUUAUUGUUUCUAGCUGUUUCUUGGUUUUCCCCAAUUUCGGACCAGAUUGGGUUUAGGAAACAAAAAGAGGAAGAGUAUCUCAGUUCACCAGGAGGAAACCCUCAAUCCACUGUAGUGAACGUGUGUCUUGAUAUCUUCAUGGGGAAUAUCUGAAGUGAAUCAAGCUGUUACUGUAUUUGACUUAAUCUCAAAAUAUCUAACAGGAAGUGUACAGAUGGACUGGCAUUUCAUUGACAUGCUGUAGAUGGCUUUUCAAGGCAAAGCCACUUUGUUUGCGUAACACAUUUCACAUGCAGUUACUCUGUGUCUGAAAGUGCUUUACAUAAGACAAUGAGGAAGCAGUUUAGAUACCGGCAGAGUAUAAUAUCUAUAAAAUGGUAAAGGAAAAAAAAAAAAGCGAAUAGUACCUAAUAGUCUCAAAGUUAUUGUGUUUGCCUCUGGCCUGACAAGCCAAUUUGGCCUUACUGUGGCUGCUGUUUUUCUUUGGUCCCAUUUUUCAACAGUUUGACCACCUGUGAAGUGCAGAGUUCUCACUGACAUGGUGCACUCCAUUAUUGUGUUACUGUAAGCUAAAUGGAAUGAUGUUUGAUUUGUUUGAUUUUGUUUGGAGUUUAAAAAAAAAAGAAGAAAAAAUGGUAUUUUCACCUUGUAUCAUUUUCUUGUGAAUUUAAUGUCUGAUUGGUCAGAGGUUAAACUGUCAGAUGAUGUAGUUUUUUAUGGCGUAAUAUUGAACAACAACAAAAAAAUGUAUUUAUAUUCUCAGCUAUUAGUACACCGUAACAUUGUAUUUAGAAUGGUUAUUACAAAUUGGCAAUAUUCAGUUUCAGUUUUCUUUUUUUUUGUUUGAAAGUUACAUCCAUGUUACACUACAGGAUUCCUCUUGAAAGUCUGUUACAGUUUUGUCUGAGUAGAACACUGCCUUACACUAAAAUAAACAUGACAAGACA